GCGGAACAAGGAAACGACCUCUAACCGGAUCUUUGGUUCCGCGUUCAUUCAUUAGAGGAGCUAUGGGAGCUGCAUGAGAGGAGUUCCCUGGACUGUUUUCAAGGAUUUCGUGGUUUUUAAGGCUCUCUGUGUCAAGUAAAGCGCGCUGUUUACCUGUGCGACGUCGGCAAAGUGAACCGGACCAUCGACAUGUCGGAGGAAGCAAAUUCUCCGGACGGCAAUGGCAAGGUGUGUCGGGUCAUUCGGAUUGGAACCCGCAAGAGCCAGUUGGCUCGCAUCCAGACUGACAGCGUGGCGGCAAAGUUGAAAGAACUGAACCCUGACAUCAACUUGGAAAUAGUUGCCAUGUCAACGACAGGAGACAAAAUUCUUGACACAGCUUUAUCUAAGAUUGGCGAGAAGAGUUUGUUCACCAAAGAGUUGGAGAACGCUCUGGAGAGGAACGAGGUUGAUCUGGUUGUUCACUCGCUGAAAGACCUUCCCACCACUCUGCCUUCAGGAUUCACCAUCGGGGCUGUGCUGAAGAGAGAAAACCCCCACGAUGCAGUUGUUUUACACCCAAAACAUGCAGGGAAAACUCUCGAGACUCUGCCAGAAAACAGUGUGAUUGGCACCAGUUCACUGCGCCGCGCCGCUCAGCUGAAGAAGAGAUUCUCCCACCUGGAGUUCAAAGAUAUUCGUGGGAACCUGAACACGCGUCUGAAGAAGCUGGAUGAGAAGGCGGACUUUGCUGCCAUCAUCCUGGCUGCUGCCGGCCUCAGGAGAAUGGGUUGGGAUAACCGGAUCAGCCAGAUCCUUGGGCCUGAAGACUGUAUGUACGCUGUUGGACAGGGGGCUCUUGCAGUGGAGGUUCGGGCCAGAGAUGCAGACAUCCUGGAGAUGGUGUCUGUCCUCCAUGACCCAGACACUGUGCUACGCUGCAUAGCUGAGAGAGCUUUCCUCAGACACCUGGAGGGUGGGUGCAGUGUUCCGGUGGCUGUACACACCGAAGUGAAGGACUCCCAGCUCUACCUGACGGGGGCAGUGUACAGCCUGGACGGAUCAGACAGUCUGAAGGAAACCAUGCAGACUAGCAUUGCUGCUAAUGAUAAGAGCAUAGAGGAGGUGGACGAGCAGUUCCAGCGGGUGGGAGUCACAGCCGGCAAGAUUUCUGGUGAAGCCCAGGACAGGGCUGAGCGACUGGGGAUCGACCUGGCCAACUUACUGCUGAGCAAAGGAGCCAAGGAGAUCCUGACAGUGGCCAGGCAACUCAACGACGCCAGAUAAUCCUCCUCCGGCCCAGGGGCAGGGCUCCGGAGGUGACCAGGUCCUCAGGUGCAGUCAGUCACAGCCUUGUGUCAAGUAAAAACUUGAAUUCCUUUAAUGUUACACAUUUAAAGUUGCGUGAGAAAAAAAAUAAAUAAAAGGUGACUUACUGUGGCACCAGGUUAUCUCAGUAAAUGGCAGAUACAUUUUUUCAGGAUUUUAAACACUACUCGGACCUAAACUCAGUUUGGUAGAAACAGAUUAGUGAGAUUAUCAGUGAAAGUUACAAAAUGGCCUUUAAAUAUUGUCAUCAGUGCUUACAAAACCAUCACUGACUGAUAUCCUCAUGGUGAAACCAUUUUUUUUUAUUUAUUUUUUUUUUUUAUAGCAUGUCAGUAUAGUAGGUAUCAGUAAAUGGGAUGCCACUAAAAUUCGUCAUUCUCAAAAAAUUUCCCUCACAACAUCAGCCUCUAUUAUUGUUCCCCACAAUCAGGUAAAAAGAGGGGUGAACCCAGAGUUCUUCUCUCAGCUCUUAGUUGCAUUGUCACUUGGAAAAGCUGACUUUUGAUGGAACCAAAGAUGAGUUUCAGAGCAUGUUUUCACAUUUUGUGGUUCAGAGCAGCCAACACUACAGUGAAAUAGGUCUUGUUGAGGUGUGAAGAGUUACGAAAUGCCAAUCAUAAUCUCUAUUAAUCUCUCUUCUAGUACUUGAUCAGACCUCUUCCAUGGAAAUAAUAAAGUGUACUGUACAGUAAGUCUCAGAUUGAGUGGUGUUUUAUCAUAUUGGCCUCCUGAAAAAUAAUUUCACUUCUUCAUUCAGCUCGUGUUGAAAUGGAACAUUUUCAACGGAGGAGGUUCACUGCUUUUAAGAGUAUGUUACAGAGAGAGAAUAUAUUUAUUAUACAUGAUGAGAAUCUGGAGACUUUUUUUGUUUACCCCACCUGUGGCCCAGCCAGUGGGGUGCAGCUGCUUUGUACUGAACCUAACAUGAAAUGCAGUCCCACUGCAUGACUGGAGAUUACUUGUUUAACACUGGAGCAGUCCCGGCAUCUGUUUUUAGUUUUCAGCUCAGAUAUUCUUUUGUAUAGCAACAGUUUGUCCUGUUCAUGCUUUGCUGAUAUUGCAUCUGUAAUGCGAUAUCACUACAGAAUGGCUUGCAGCAUCACGUUAAGCAUCAACUGUGAGCUUGUGAUUUUUAAAUACAGUUGUGGAUAUACAUUAGUAUAAUCGAUUGCUUAAAAUGUAAAAAAAAGAGAGCACAGCAGCAAACUUACUCAUUGGCUUUCAUGUACUGGCUAUUGGUUGAAUUAUUGUUGUGCUAGAGAUGCAAACAAAUGUUAUUUAACUUAAACUGAGAAAAAUUACAGAUUAUUUCUAUAAACCAUCACCACCAGUGUUUUACAGCUGUAUUGCACUCAUUACACUGACUGACAGGCCAUUACGGUCUCAUUCAUUCAGAUAGUAUGUUGUGGUGUAGUUAUACUAAAGUACUGUUUCAUUCAACAAACAAAACAAAAAUGAAAUGCCUUAUUGCAUAAUUCUAGCUUCUGCAUCUCAGAAUUAUAACAUAGUUUUCUUGUAAUCACGAGAUGAAGAUCUUGUCAUGGGAAACUAUUCUUGUAGUUAUGACUUGUAAUUUUGACUUAGUAUCAUAAUGACAACAUCCAUAUCUCCUAAUUAUGACAUUGGUAUCUCGGAAUUACGAGAUAUGGACCUCAUACUUGCGGUACAUUUUUCUUGUAAUUAUUACACCGUUUCUCAUAAUUUUCCUUAUGUCCUAAUUAUGAGACUAAGUCAUUAUUACGAGAAUAGAUACUUUUGCGAAUGCAAUGCACGUCUGUAUGGUUCAUCCACAGCUAUUCAAAAUGUUUGUUUUUAUGGAAUUAACAAAGAAAUGAAUGAACAUUUUUUUUUGCUGUACUGUUGUCAUAUAAAAUGAUGUACUCCACAUAUCAAAAACUGAAGUGCUUCCAAAAGCAACAGAUUUUUAAAAGCAACAGAUUUCCAAACUUGUUCACCUUAAUGACUUGCCUUAGUUCCUAUCAAAGUGCCAUCUCAGUAAAUGUAUCAUUUCUGCAUAUAUUUAUCAUAUUGUUUUUCUCUCUUCCUUCAUUCUGCUUCAGUUUACCAACUGUACAUUUAGCGUAAUGUCAUAUUGUACUUCUUUUUAUUUUAUAGCUCUUUAUUGAAUAUUAUGCUUAAUUUAAACCUCCUGAGACAAUGUGAGGCAAUGUUAGCCAUAUUUGUUUUCAGCUUUAAUUUCUGUAUGAAUUAACGUAGAAUGUUUCUGUAUUUACAAUUCUUUACAGUACUUUACAAUACCCAUUGUUACAUUAAUCUGUUAAUGACAAAAUAUUUACGAGUUUUUGUUUUGCCAGCUAUGUGAACAUCGGUCAAAUGAAACCGCUGAUGUCAAGAAACAAAUGUCAAUAAAGCUGUGUUAUAUCUGUC